UCUUUCUCUCUUCACCCUCUCUCUCUCUCCCUCACUGUUACUGUCGUCUCGCUGUCUCUCCAUUAAUCUCCACACCUUCGAAAAAAAAAAUCUUUCAUUGCAGAAUCUCACCUCUCUCUCUCUCUCUCUCUGCUCUCAUCCUCGAAUCUUCAUUGGUCUUCUUCAUCCUUAAGGCUUAAGCUAGUACAAGACAAUGUUGGAGUUUCCCAAUUAGAGCUCCUUUUUUUUCUUUGGGGUCUUGUGUAAGAAAGAAAAUUAAAAAAAAAAAUGGAGGGGAGGAUGAAGAAGUACAGAGAAGGAGUGAGUCCAGAGAGAGCAAAAGUGUGGACAGAGAAAUCACCAAAGUAUCAUCAGAAGAUCAAGAAAGUCCAAAUUGUUUAUUACCUCUCCAAGAAUCGUCAGCUCGAGCAUCCUCACUUCAUGGAGGUCUUGCUUUCUUCUCCCAAUGGCUUAUACCUCAGAGAUGUUAUAGAGAGGCUUAAUGUUCUUAGAGGUAGAGGCAUGGCUUCUAUGUAUUCUUGGUCUAGUAAAAGAAGCUAUAGGAAUGGUUUUGUCUGGCAUGAUUUAUCAGAAGAUGACUUGAUUCUACCUGCUCAUGGGAAUGAGUAUGUUCUUAAGGGCUCUGAGAUUAUUGACCAACCCACUACAGAUCACUUUAGCCCAAUUGAGAAUUCAGCAACACAAAACAUGAAGCAGAUAGUUGUGGAGCCACCACCAUCAUCAUCUAGAAGCAUGGAUGAUUCCUCUUCCUCUUCGAGUAUGAAGGGGACUAAUAAGCAUUCUCAGGAAGAUGAUGAGCUUUCUCCUCCAGCUCUCCGUUCUGUUUCCUCUCCUGAUUCUAGAGACGCCAAGAACUCCUCUUCUUCUUGGUGUUUAGCUGAGUACAAGGUGUACAGGAGCGAGGGGCUCGCUGAUGCUUCUACACAAACCGAUGAAACUGUCAACAAACCUGUAGAGACCUUAAGUAGAGGCGUCUCAACUGAUGAAGCUCUCUCAUCAGAAUCUGAAUCAAGCGAGCCUUCUUGUGAAGAAGGGAAGGAGAUAGAGGAGAGUGCAGAAACAUUGAGAAACUCUGUCUCUCCACCUCCAGUUUCCAGCAGGACUGAUACAUUGGAGUCUCUUAUAAGAGCUGAUGUCACUAAGAUGAAUAGUUUUAGGAUUCUUGAACAAGAAGAUGUUCGAAUGCCGAGGCUUAGGGCCUCCAACGUGCUGAUGCAGUUGAUAUCUUGCGGUUCGAUAUCGGUCAAGGACAACAAGUUCGGCCUUGUGCCUACUUACAAACCCAAGUUUAGCCACUCCAAGUUUCCUUCGCCUUUCUUCUCCUCCUCAUCGUUUAUGAUGGGAGGAGAUGUUGACCGUUUGUCUGAAACUCCGAGUCUAAUGAGCCUGAGGCUAGAGGAGAAAGAGUAUUUUAGUGGGAGCUUGGUCGAGACAAAGCUACAGAAGAAAGAUGCUGUUGAUGGGAACACUUCUCUUAAGCGUUCUUCAUCUUACAAUGGUGACAGGGCUUCCAAGCAAAUGGGUGCAGCAGAGAAUGGAGACUCGAAGCCGGGUUGUUCUAAACACAUUCCACGCUCGAGAAAGGCUUCUUCUUCUGUGAUAAGCAAGCAACAGCCACGUAGCGAGUCCAUGAGAUCUCCUGUGUUAGUAAAGACUACCAAGAACAUUUCCAGUCCUUCUAAGACGUCUGAUGUUUGCAGUAAAAAAAUAACCGAAUCUUUGAGGAAGCCUACUGAUUCUUUUAAAGAAGAAGACUCAGAGAAGGUGAUCAAGAUUGAGGAAAGGCUUGCUUCAGGGGCUCGGGUUAUAAUCGAAUCUAAAGUGCCUCCGAGCAGUUUGUGAGGAGGAGCUCUAACCAAGUUUGUAAGGCACGUUUUGAAAAACAAUUGAAAUGGAUGAAGACCCUUUUUUGUUUUUGGUUUUUGUGGCGGGAACAUUCUCCAUUUGAUUGUGUUUUGAUUGUAAAUCUGGAAAGGUAGUAUGAGAAAAGGAGGAGAAAAAGUUUCAUAAAAAGCCUACAAAAGAUCAGAGAGCACUUUCCAUUGGGCAGUGUAAAGAUGUAAGUAAAAUUUGAGAGAAACGAAAUCUGGAGGCAAAAGGGUAUUUAAUGUGUUGAUGUGAGAUGAGAUGAUGGACCACUGUUACUGAUUGGCAUGGUCAAUUGUUAGGUUUGUUUGUUAGUA